AUGAACAAAUUAUUAGGUUUAUUUCUUUUUUGUUUAAUUACAAUUGCUGUUAUUAAUGCCGACUGUGGUGUUGAUUUUGAUAGUGACACAUCAUCAUCAGUUUCCUCACAAGCUUUCUCAUGUUUAGCUCAAUCAAACUCAAGAGUUAUCAUUCAAGCUUGGAGUGGUGGUUAUGGUUAUAAUAGUGCUAUUGCCUCUGCAGUUUCAGGUGCUCAAUCAGCUGGUAUUCAAACUGUUGAUCUCUAUGCUUUCUUAUGUAACCAAUGCUCUGGUUGUGUCCCAGCUUCAUCUGCUAUUGAAACUUUAGUUAGCAACCUUAAAAGUGAUGGUGUUAACUUUGGCACUUUAUGGAUUGAUGUCGAACAAUGUGACAGUUGUUGGUCCGAUACUACCGAUAAUGCCAAUUAUGUUGUCGAAGCUGUUCAAGCUGCCGCUUCACUUGGUGUUAAUGUUGGUGUUUAUUCAAGUAUUGGUGAAUGGAGCCAAACUGUUGGUUCAUUAAGUAGUUUAAAUAGCUAUCCAUUAUGGUAUGCUCAUUAUGAUAACAAUCCAAGCUUUUCAGAUUCAUCAUUCUACCAAUUUGGUGGUUGGACUAGCCCAACUAUGAAACAAUAUGUUGGUAAUACCAACCAAUGUGGUGUUUCAGUUGACUUAAACUUCUUUGGCAGUGGUAGUGGUUGUACUACCUCAAGUGGAACUUCAUCUUCAGGUUCAGGUAGCUCAAGUGGUUCAGGUAGCUCAAGUGGUUCAGGUAGCUCAAGUGGUUCAGGUAGCUCAAGUGGUUCAGGUAGCUCAAGCGGUUCAGGUAGCUCAAGCGGUUCAGGCAGCUCAAGCGGUUCAGGUAGCUCAAGUGGAUCAGGUAGCUCAAGUGGAUCAGGUAGCUCAAGUGGAUCAGGUAGCUCAAGCGGAUCAGGUAGUUCAAGCGGUAGCUCAAGUGGUUCAGGUAGCGGUUCAGGUAAAUUUAAGCUAUAA